AUGCCUAUUACUGCUACUGUCCUCCGGGGACCACUCGGUCCUUCGACCAUUUCUUCGCAUCCCAUCCUCUCCUGGUAUGCCAAAUACGCUGUCGAUUUCGAUACUGCCAAGGUUACCACAUCCCCUCUUAAGUACUAUGCCUCUACGGCGACGCUUGUGAACCCUGAUAAUUCAGCGAUCUCCGGCGCGCAGCAGAUAUGGGAUUACUAUAUCGCUCUAUAUGGGCAGUUCGAGCGAUGCGGUCACGAAGUCAUUUCGGUGACAGUGUUGAGCAAUGAUCAAACCGAGAAGCACACACUUAUCGUGGAGGUUACAACUCUACUGACUCCAAAUGGUGGUACGGAGACGGUGCCUCUUCCUCAGGCAUUUGUGUAUGAGAUUGCUGAGGCAGAGCAAGGCCACGGCACCGAUGGACUACAAAUCUGGAGCCUAAGAUGCUACUUUGACAAAGGCGUUUUGCAGAACGCAGCUGGCGUAUGA